GAUGUUGCCUUGUUGUUCAUUUGCUCUCGUUACAUUAUGUGCAUAGGCUUUUGGUGCUUAAAGUUUUGACUUUUAAAUGGCUGAACCUCCAAUCGAAAAGCCACAGAAGAUUAAAAGAAGAAGUAGAAGCAUUCAAGCAAGUCGGAAGACAUCUAGAGUCUAUGAGCUUGCUGUGGCUGCCUUCAAUGCAGCAAAAUAUGGUAACAUAGACGACUUGAAACAUGUCCUAUCUCGAGAAAGUUGUCAAACAAGGGAAGAGUUUGGUUCAUUGAUAGAAUCAAAAGACAAGGAGGGUAACACUUUGAUCUUGAAGUGUAUUCAUGGUGCAGCUUCACGACAAGGAGAGGCACACAGCAACUUUGUAGAAUGUGUACGUUUCCUGGUUUCCAACGGAGUAGAUAUAGACGCUCAAGAUAGUGUUGGCAGGACGGCUCUGCAUUGGUGUGUCCUCUAUGGGCGUGCUGACUUUCUUGAAAUUUUGCUUAAGGCCGGUGGUGAUUUGAUGCUUCUGGAUGGGACUGGUCUAAGUCCUUUGCAUCUCGCCAUUGGCAUUAGAUCAGAGAAACUUAGAUACAAAUUUAUCGACUUUAUUUGCCAGUCGGCCCGAAAAGAGGUUAUAGAUGGUACUGAUGGUCACAACAGAACCCCACUGUACCUUGCACUAAGUGUUUCGGCUUUUGAAACCUUUGAGCUGCUGCUAGCUGCUAAAUCAGAUCCAAAUGGUGCUGGCCCUGAUAUGCGAAGAAUCAUUGUACAUUCUAUUGAGAAAGGACUUGGGAAGUUUACAGAAUUACUGCUAAAGGCAAGUUGUUUCUUUAUAAAAAGAUUUUGCUUUGUUUGCAUUAAACAUACAAUUAUACUCUUCUGUGUUACUGGUAUGGGUGUGAGUCUUGCAUCAUUAUCAUCACCAUCAUUGUCAUCAUCAGCAUUAUUUUGUACAGACUACCAACAUGGAGCUUCACUGUCAACAAAAGACCCUGAUGGCUUCACUACUAUACAUCUAGCUGCCUGUCAAGAAAAUCCAGAAAGCAUUUAUAUUUUGACGAAGACAGUCAAUAAGACUCUGUUGAAUGUUAAAGACAAGUUGGGGAGGACUCCACUUAUAUAUGCUUGCUUGAUGGGCUUUGAUAAGAAUGUAGAGCUGUUGCUUGCUCAGAAGAUUUGGACUUUGGAUCAAGACAAUGAAGGAAAAACAGCUUUACAUCACACUGUAAACAACACACAUUGUGGUUGUGUUGACUUAUUAUGCAAAGAGAAUAAGAAAAUUAUUCACAUUGUUGAUGAAGAAGGGCAUACUGCAGCACAUGAUGCUGUUAUUGCUGGAAAUGUGACGGUUUUAAGUGCUCUGUUGCAAAAUGGCUGUGAUGUUGCUACCAAGGAUCUUACAGGACAUUCACUAAUGCAUUGGGCUACUGCUUAUGCCACCUUGGGAUGUUUUCAGAAGUUGCUUGAAUUCAAAGUGCCACUUGAUGAGGUGGAUGGUCAUGGUGCCACUCCAUUGCAUUAUGGAUGUCAAAUUGAUGAAAGUGACAAAUUGAAUGAUGAAAGAUGUGAAAUUGUUAGAACCCUCCUUCACAGAGGUGUCAGUAUGAACGCAGGUGAUUCUGAAGGAAGGAAGCCAAUUCACUGGGCAGCAUCAUCAGGUAAUGUGGAAAUUUUGAAAAUUCUUCUUGAAAAUGGAGAUGAUCCCAACGCAAGAACAUCUUCCGAGCUAAUGACACCAUUGCAUUUAGUUGCUCUCCAGGGUCUAGAAAGUGCUGCUGAUUUCCUUAUCAAUCAAUAUUCAACACGACCUGUUGAAGUUGAUCCACAUGAUCAGCGAAAUUGCACCCCCUUGUUUUAUGCCUGUUCUGCAGGACACGCAAGGGUUGCUGGGAUGUUACUGCAGUCUGGAGCUGAUCCGAAUUUGGUCAAUGAUCUAGGAGAAAGUCCAAGCCAUAGUGCCUCGCUGACAGGUUCACUUGAGUGUUUGCGCUUGCUUUUCGCUGCUGGUGCGAAUAUGACAGUGCAUAACAACGAAAAGGACACGCCCCUUCAUGAGGCUGCAAGUGCUGGAAAAGAAGAUUGUGUGAAUUUUCUGCUGCAGUGUGGCUGCCCAGCAACUGUCAAAAACACAAACGGUGCCACCCCUUUGCAUUAUUCGGUUGCAGAAGGCUACUUCCAAAUCACCAAAGCGCUCCUAGAGAGCGGUGCCAGCCCAAAUUCCUUGGUUACAACUAACGAGACCGACUUCGUGACACCAUUGGACAUAGCAUUAGGGAAUAGCGACCACGAGCAAAUUCAGCUUUUGCAGAGUUUUGGCGCAAGGACAGGGCACAGCAUUGUAGACAAUUCGGCAUUGGUGAUUCAGCAUCGAUGGAGGAUCUUCAAGCGCAGGUUCAGUAAUGUAGACUCCAUAUAUAGAUCGAAUCUCAGUGAUAGUGUCAGUAGUUAUGAAAGACGGGAAGGUCCCAAACUAGAGACUAGCGAAUUUAGCACCAAUCUGAGAAUUAAAGACCAUUCAGAACUCAGAUCCCAUGCUUUUGACGGUGAAGAGAUGGUUGGGAAUAAAGUUUCUGAGCAUCUUUCUUCUGUUGACGAAAACGUUACCGCUGAGCGUGAUGGUUUGGUCAAGGAGCAACCCGUAAAGCGCCAAAAUCAUUUAACAACCGUAAAAGAAAAUUCGGUGUCUUGUGGAAGUCCGGAUUCAUCAGAGGCAGAUUUCCAGAUUGAAGAGGAUCCUUUCUGUGAUAUAGAUGCUGUGAAUGAAAUGAAGAAAUUGGUAAAGGAGAGAAUCGCUUCAAAUCGAACUGAGCUCAGCAGAUCGGACCAGUUGCGGGUGAGGCUUCAGCAGCUGAGAAGCAAGUUGAGCAACGUUGUGGAGGAUAUUAAUAAUAUAGCGUCAAGUAAAGAAUUUCAAAUAAUAGCCCGUCACAAUGAAAGAAUCUCAAGGCAACAACAGCAGCAACACAUUCCUCCGACGUGCAGACUUCCGAGGGUCUCCCCUUCAUCUCAAAAGAGGUAACGCUGGGAUGGAAAUUUUUAGGCCUAAAACGCCAAGGUCCACCGCUGUGGAGGAUACCCUGGAGCGCAUCACAAAGCACAGUGGGGUGACCACAGUAAUCGUUUUAAGCGAAGAUGAUCUGCCAAUCAUGUCUAAU